AUGAUACAACUAUGUUUAGGUUUUCGUAAUCGUUGUGGUGCUUUAAUUAUGAAGAUCAAAAAGAAAAUCCGCGAAUUAGAUCUCUUUCCUACGAUUCCUCCAUCACAAGAUGAAAAGAUUCUUCGGCGAAAUCGACGAUUGACUCGAAUUUAUUUAACUUUGCUGUUCAUAUCCUUACUCACUAUUGCUAUUUAUACAUUGAUAACACAAGACACAAUCACCGUUAAUGUCAAAUCUCCCUCUCUAUUAAGAUAUUCAGAAUUAAUAACUCAAUAUCCUUUGACAUUUCAAUGUUUCUGUAGUAAUGUUACAGUAAAAUAUCACAAAUUUAUCACACAGAUAGAACUUCAAAAUCAUUCAAUUUGUUCGAGUGAUUUUCUCUCACCAGAUAGAUUUGAGACUAUAUGGAAUGGCGAACGUCAAAACGCAUGGGACUAUUAUGAUUAUAGUGAUGAUGAUGAUUUUCGUACUUGGAUAAAAGCACAGUUAGAAGCAGUAUCAAAGAUGUGUACGAUCUCUGGAAAAAUAUUAGAUUCAUCAUUAACUGUAUGGCUUCAAAAAGAUUUCGUUACAGCACGUGUCAUUUCUCAUAAUGAAUUUGAAACUCAAAUAAAAGAAUCAAUGGAAGAAUUGAAAAGAACAAUCGCUAAUGAAUUGGUGUUACUGGUCAAAUUAAUUCAAGUAACAAAUGUUGCAAAUCAACUAGCAACAAGACAAUCGUCCAAUUGGCAAUUUAUUGUUAGUCGAGGAUAUAGUUUAUCUUCAUACAGUGAACUAGACUUAUUAGAUCCGAAGAUUCAUCAGAAUGCCUUACACUCCUUAACCUUACCGAAAAUAUACAAUGAAGAUAAUUGUUCAUGUGCAUUGCAGUUGAAUUGUUCAAAAUAUUCCAGUUUUCGUUAUCGAGUAUUGAAUCGACCAGCUAGACAAACCCUUCCAAAUUUUCGCACCGGUUGUCUGCCUAUGAACUCCCUUCUACAAUCGAGUUUCUCCUGUUUUUUCAAUGAAACAUGUUUAUAUCUACUUCAAACAUCGAUUUAUUUUGCGAACUCUUUUCCAGUUACGAUACUAACUGCUCCCGCACAUUCCUCUUUAAAUCGAGCAAUUGAAACGAUUUUUAGUCAAAUUUUUGUUGAAAAAUGGUCUGAAAACGCGUCGUUUGAAGAUUAUUAUGACGAGUGUGCUCCUCGAUUUUGUCAAUACUCCUAUCCAUCAACAUUUAAUAAAUUUUAUUUUAUAACAAAGACAUUAGCGCUAUUUGGUGGUUUGUCAAAAGUAUUACAUUAUGCUUUAUCUUGGAUAACAGUAAUUGUAAUCAAAAUAUUGAAUUAUAAAAAGAAAACUAAAGUAAUACCACAAUCAAACGUUGUCGUAGUCGAUGUAAAUGAUGCAAAUCCACAAAUGAUUUCCAAUGAAUUAGUAACAACAGUCGAGAUCGAUGCCAGUCCAGUUCAAGAACAGAUCGUAAUAUCAAAAAAUCGAACAGAUCGGAUAAUUAUGAUCUGUUUAUGUCUAUUAGUUCUAAUUACAAUAGUUGUAACUUCAGUCAUUUUGAUUAAGAAAAGAAAUACGAAAUAUAUAUCACCGACUGUACCAAUUACAACUGUAGUAAGCAAUGCUCCAAUAAUGGAAUCAACAACAACAUCAAUACAAAGUUGUUAUAUGACUCUGAUAUAUCAAUCUGCAGCUUACGAAAUUGGCCACGAUGCAAAGUCAUUGAUCAUUCAUGAUUUUAAUCGAGAUUCAUUUUUAGAUUUAGCGGUGACAAAUCAUGGCAAUCACACAUUUAGUAUAUUAUUUGGAAACGGAAACGGAAAGUUCCAAGCACAACAAAUCUAUCCAACCGGCAAUCAAUCUUAUCCUUGGGGAAUAACAGCCGCUGAUUUCAAUAAUGAUUCAUUUCCAGACAUAGCCGUAACAUUAUCAAAAAAGAAGCAAAUAGCCAUCUUUUUUGGCAUCGCAUGGAAUGGUUCAUUCGCGACAGUGCCUCACACGCUUAAUUCAUCUAAUGGUUAUGCUCACAAUAGUAUUAUUCACGUAGUAGAAGCUAAUGAUUUAAAUGAUGAUGGAUUUAUUGAUUUGCUUAUUGGUAGCCGCCCAAUAAUAGAGUUGAGCGGUGGCGGUGAUUUAUUUGCUAGAUUAAACCGUGGUGAUGGGCGUCAGUAUGCAUAUACACGUGUACAAACGAACAUGGUGCACCAUGUCGAGUCAAUUGUCAUCGGUGAUUUUGAUAACGACGGAAAACACAAGGAUAUAAGUGUUUGUAGCGAUGACAUUGGAGUAAUUACGCUUACUGACAUAGCCUAUAAGAAAGAUGUAUCAGGCGCGUCUAACAUCUCUGGAAAUAUUAUACAUGGAAAGCCACAAACAAUCAUUAAAGGUCGAUUCAAUGAUGAUGAACUAGAUGAUAUGGCACUUGUUGCUCCUGAAUCCAACACAUUACAUAUUUUACUUGCUGAUGGAGAUAGAAAUUUCUCACAACAAAUCUAUCACACAGAUAAUUAUCCAGUAUCAGUUGUUCGAAUCAAUUUCAAUAACGAUUCGAUCGAUGAUUUGGCUAUAUUGACUUGUAAUCAGACUAUAACCAUAUAUCUCGGAACAAAACUUGGGAUAUUUUUUGAUCACAACAAAAUCUCUUUUAGUAUUAGUGAAAGCAGCGGGAAGCAAUGCUUUCGAUCGCUGAAAGUAGCCGAUCUAAACCACGAUGGUAAAGAUGAUCUCGUUUUUAUUAGUCCUGAUACAGAACGUAUCAGAGUUUUAUUAAGUGCAAGUUGCGAUUAA